AUGAGCUUCGAGCAAGGCGAGGGCACUUUCUGUUAUCAAGGGUCUGUGCACGGCGAUAGCCAUCUCCGUCGCGGGACCACCCUGGGAACUUUCACGCGUCAAACAUCCUCAUCUGAGCAUGGUCUCACUAUGGAUUGUGAUGAGCUAGAUCCUUUCUCCAGUGAAAGCCUCUGGAGACUCUCCAAUUUCAGCAUAGAAGCUCUACAGCCAUUGGAAUCGUUACCGUGGAACACUACUCUAAGUGAUGAUGCUACAGCUUGCUUUGAGAUUUUUCCACCGCCCACUGAUAAGAUCGACCCUGUAUGGAGGCUGGAUCUUUUCCCAACCAGCCUGGAAAAGCCCGAAUCAUUUACCGACUCCAUAAUUAAUCCCUCCAUAGACAGCGAGUCUGACGCUACAUCUGAUUCUCCAAGAGACAUCUCAGGCAAUGAAAACAAUAUAUGGUCCUUAGACUUGCUUCAGGAAGACCAGAGUCAAAUACCUCCGCAGAAAUCAUGGGAGAGGUAUCAACACAAGUCUUUCCAAGAGCCUGUGUCUGUCUACUUUAGUGAAUCUGAGGCAAAAGGGUUUGACGCAGUUUUAGAACAACAAAACAAUACAAAAAGAGAUGGUGUACCAACCCGAAUGGUUCGAACAGAUGUGUUCAUUCGAUCAUUGCUUCGUCUCGGGCUUGGCUGGAACUCUGCACUUUUUCAUUACGAUCAACGCACCAAGCAAUUUGAAAGAGAUUUGAAGGAUAUCCGGGUCUCUGGUUACAGCUCAUUGGCAUUGGAAAAUGUGAUUGAAUAUGUGGUACAAUGCGGUACCAACAUGCAACGCAUGCGUAUGUUUGCGCAAGACCCGCCAGCCAAAUGCAGAGAACUUUCUGCUUUUUUCACAUUGAGCAGCACAAUUGCGGUCAUAAUCUUCAAUCUUGAACAACAAAUCUCUGAUCAUUCAAAAAAUAUCGCCUCACUCCUACAGAUCAAGGCACUAUUUCACCGCUGUGGGGACUUAAUAGGUGCCCUGUCAGCUAUUGUUGGUGCUGCUCAUACGGCUGUCUCAGACGCACAGAUCAUGUCAAUCGUCACAGAACGUGCAGCGUUUUUCGCCCAAAAGUUUGGCUGGAUGGAUAAUCUUGUGCAUGAGAUUGUGAUUCGAGUUACUCGGCCAUGGUUCAAAUUCAUCGAGACUUGGAUUGGGCUUAGACCCGAAGACGCAGCUCUCAAAGAAUCCAUGGCAAGUGGCAAAACUUUUGUUCGAUUGGAAACUCAUGACACUGUCAAGUUCAAGACUGGACCAGCGCGAAUUGACCAUAUCUACCAAGCGGACCACAUGCCUUCUUUCAUCCCGGCUGACCAAGCCCUUUCCGUCUUUGAAAGUGGACGGAGUCUUCAACUAUUGAAACGAUCCCAUCCUCAUCAUCCCCUCGCACAGCGUGAUGUGCUAUUGCGAGCUGGUGGUCUUCAUUUGCAUUGUGCGACUACUUGGGCUGAUAUUGAGAAAAUUCAAAUGAAAGCCCAGGAAUACGAGUGGAAACUCCGCGCUGAAAUCAAGAAAUAUCAUAAGGGCAAUGCAGGCUUGCAGGAUGCACUAUCGACGGUGAUAACCCAUCGUGUUGAUCAAAAUCCCGAAACGGAAGUUACAACCGUAGCCUUUGAGCUCUUCGAUAUAGAUGAUGACAAGAAUGCUUCAGGGCCGGUCACAAAUCACAAGGCUCUUUCAAAAGAUGAUUUUAAGGAACUGCUCGAUAAAGCUCGGGGAUUUGAAACUGAAAACACCAAUGAAGAAAGCUAUCUGGGUCCUGAACUAACUUAUGGCCUCCAUCUAUCUCUUGCGCCCAUUCUUUCGUCACAGGCACUCCUCAUCGACUACUCCUGCCUGCACCUUCUCUUCAAAGAGCAUCGAAUUCGCCAUCAUCUGAACAUGCAAUGGCGUUUCCAGUUGUUGGGAGAGGGCUCGUUUGUCGCCCGCCUUUCUCAUUCCCUAUUCGACCCGGAAAUGGAAAGUGGAGAACGGAAGGCUGGGAAAGUGCGCAGUGGUGUUGACACUGGUUUACGCCUCGGCAGUCGUGACACGUGGCCACCAGCUAGUUCAGAGUUGCGACUCGUGUUGAUUGGUGUGCUGGGAGAUUGUUACUUUGGUAGUGCAAACGCAGAGGAUGACGACAAAACCCACAUUCAAAAGGACAAUGAGUUGCCUGGCGGCCUGAGCUUCGGGAUUCGCGAAUUGACAGACGAAGAAAUCGAACGAUGUAAAAACCCCAACGCAAUAGAGGCUUUGGACUUCCUUCGUCUGCAGUACACGCCACCAGAAGUGCUUGAAUCACUCAUUACUGCUCGCUCUUUGAAUAAGUAUGAUCGUCUCUUCAAGCAUUUGCUUCGGUUAAUCCGCAUGGUUUCUGCCGUCAAGGGACUUAUCCGGGAUUCUACUGCUCGAGAAUCUCUAUCAGAAGACAUACGCGAUGUAUACUCGAAGUUCAGAGUGGAUGCCCAGCACUUUGUCCUAGCAGUCAGUGAUUACUGCUUCCACAUUGGUAUUGGAUCCAUCUGGCAGCGCUUCCAAGACACACUUACCAAGAUCGAGCACUGCCUCAACCGUGGUGACAUCGACGGUACGAUUGAAGCGGCACACUCAGUACCACGACUCCGCGAUUAUCAUGAAGACAUCCUUGACCAGAUGCUCUUCGCGUUAUUCCUCAGCAAGCGCCAUGCGCAUGCAGCCAAACUGCUUGAAUCCAUUUUCGGCACUAUCCUCUCCUUCAGCCUUCUGUCAAGAGCAGAUGGAAUCGGGAUGCGCAACGAAAGUGAAGGAGCUGUUCUUCACCUAUAUCAGUCUUUUAGAAAACAGACCUCCGCCUUUGUCAACUACCUUCGCAGCCUCGAGUCUGGAAAGGCCACUUCGAAAUCAAUGGCCAAAUCAGGGGAAUUCUUCUAUUCGCGGAUAGACCCAACCAGUGUCUUUGAGCAUCUACGGGUGAGACUAGACGUCAAGAACUACUAUUGA